UCCUCGCUCUCGCUUCUCAUCUCCAUCUCCCUAUCUCUUUCUCUCUCUUAAUUUGAUGUAACCCUAGUAUUUUGCGUGAAGAGCUUGAAGUUAUAAUGGAGGACGGCAUGGUUUUCGGUGACGACGAGGAAGAGCUUGUGAGGGAGCUUCUCAACGUGGAGUCUCCCCUCUUCAUGACGAUGGACCCGUCGACGGAGUCGUCUGAUCAAGAGGCCGCCAUCAAGAGGCUCAUGUCCAACGUCUAUUCGGGCCCCACGAUCCAGGACAUCGAGAGCGCCUUGUUCUUGAGCACCCACCACAUGGAUGCUCAACCACCACGAGAUUAUUCACCAGCCAGGGUUCAAACUUCGUCGUUUCAGAGGGGGCUCAAUAAGAUCGAGCACAAGUAUACGCUUAAGAUAAAGAGUUGUGGAAAUGGGGUGACCGAUGACGGAUACAAAUGGAGGAAAUACGGCCAAAAGUCUAUCAAGAACAGUGCCAAUCCGAGAAGCUACUACAAGUGCACGAACCCAAGGUGCAACGCCAAGAAGCAGGUGGAGCGAUCCAGCGACGACCCGGACACGCUCAUCGUCACCUAUGAAGGUCUCCACCUCCACUUCGCGUACCCUUACUUCCCCCUCGACCAGGCCCACCAAUUGGACCCGCCAGUCAAGAAGCCCAGGAAUGACGCUUCGUCGACCGACGCCCAAGCCCACGAUAAGGCCAAUCAAGUCCAGGAAGCGGAAGGAAGCGCCGCAGCCUUCACGACCCGGCCAGCCCAAACUGCGAUCGAAGACUGUCCUCUUGGCUCGACCCAAGAAGCGAUCGGCCGCCAAGGGCUUGGGCUUCUCGAAGACGUGGUGCCCUUCAUGAUUAGGAACCCAACGAGGAGCAACGUCGUCUUGGCCCAUUCGUCGUCUUCGUCUUCUUCGUCGUACAACCACGUCUCGCCUCCAAAUUCGCCUUCUUAUCAGUCAAGCUCCCCGAGUUAUGCACCGCCGUACUAUGGCAUAGGGCUUGGUCCAUGCAUCAAGUGAACAUGCGCGCACAUGCGUUAAAGUCGUGUAUAGUUUAAGAAGGCGAAUAAUUAGGCAAUGUUUCCAAGGUUUCUUUGCAUGUGACAGGAACGUACCGGUUCAUCUAUAUAUAUAGCUGUAAUACGCGAUAGUGAUAUUAUUAUUAUGGUAAAGUCCAGCUUGUGAAUUGUUAUUCAAUUUUAUGGUGCUUUUGAGUCGU